AAUCAUUAAUUAUUUUUGGCAUUCUCGCUGAAGUCCUUUUUUAUUAUUAUUUUUUGAGAAUUAUUGUCAGUGUCGAUUUCCUGUUGUGAAAGCUACAGUUUAUGUUUUAACUCUCAUUUGUUUCAUAUUCACUGCAUGUGAAACUUGGAUUUGAAGCAUUACGCAGAGAGGAUACACUACUAAGAUUUUUCCCCCACAUAUUUUUGCUGAAAACUCGGUGGAACAGUUUAGAACUAUCUGCCCAUACACAUAGACCUUUUUCUCAUACUUUCUUACAUCGUUAAUGAGUAUACGGUUAAAUUUCAAUGGAAUAUAUUGAGCUUAACAUAUUUUGGCGAGCACCAUUGUCUUUUGGGGGAUCAAUCAAAGACAUUUUAUGUUCAUUGUGGUAUUAAUGCUUUUUAUAAGCAAGACUAGUGCCACGAAUGUCUGCCGUUUAUCAGCAUUUAACAGUUCAGAACAUUGGACAGCGACACUCACGUUCCUCACUUCCUUCAUUUCCCCUUCCGGCCACACGGUUUUUAGAAGUAUUGUAGUGCUGGUUCAUGAUUCAGAAUUUUUGGCUAAGUGAUGAUUACUAAUUCACAUGUAUGAAUUUAUUUAAACAUCCUGAUUUCUGUAGCAACUAUAAGAGAAUUGGAACUUUGCCUCGGAACAUGAUCUGCAGAGUUUUUGCAAUAUCUUCAUAUAACCAUUGUGUUUGUAGUCAUUAAAAUUUAGUAAUUUUUUAAAGUAGGUAUUCUCAAUACAGAUUCAGUUUUGUUUGAAUCCUGUAGUUUUCUCAUCUGAACUCUUAGGGCCGCUGUUGACCAGAGUGUCGACAACUGGCAGCAUGUUUGUAGUAGAACCUCCCAUGCAGCGUCGACAUUAUAAAGAAAGAACACGACAGGAUAGACGGGACACUCGAAUACUGAAGAGUUUUUGGAAAUGAAACGUCGUCAUUGGAGCGUAUCUCUUUUGUGUGGAUAAUAGAGGCGCGAUAUUAAUGACUGAUAUUGGAAUCUGUAUAUGUUUUCUGGAAUGUAAAUUUUCGGAGCCACACGGGAAAAAAAAUAAUCGGAUAGAACAAUGGCCAGGCAAGUACUGUUGUUUGUCUCUGUGCUCUCCGUCAGCUCGGUGCUCGGGCAGGUCAGCUACACGAUUCCGGAGGAAAUGCACAAAGGAUCUUUAGUGGGUAAUAUCGGAAAUGAUUUAGGUUUACAAAUCAAACGUCUGGCAGCAGGUAAAGCGCGAAUUUUCACCCGAGACAGCGACGGGUACAUCGAACUAAACAGAGAAAGAGGAGUCCUCCUUGUUAAAGAGAGAAUCGACAGAGAGGCGCUCUGCAGACAGACGACGCCUUGUGCUUUACAUUUUCAGAUUAUUCUAGAGAAUCCAAUGGAAUUUUACACUGUUACAGUGCAGAUCACAGAUAUCAACGAUAAUGCACCAACCUUUGAAAAAACUGAAAUGAAAUUCAAAAUCAGUGAGUCAGCGGUGAUCGGUGCCAAAUUUGUUCUGGAAAGAGCUGUUGAUCUCGAUGUAGGAAUUAAUGAUCUGAAAAGCUACCAGUUAAAACCAACAGAUAAUUUUGCACUGAAGGUGCACAAUAAUGCUGAUGGAAACAAACACGUCGAGAUGGUGCUUCAGAAACCUUUAGACAGAGAGAAACAGGAGCAGAUAUCUCUCGUGUUGACGGCUGUAGAUGGAGGAGAGCCGCAGAUGUCAGGAACGAUGCUGAUCGCCAUCACAGUUUUAGACGUUAAUGAUAAUGCUCCUGUUUUUACACAGCAAACAUACAAAGCUACAGUUACUGAGAAUUCACCAAAAGGAACAGUUGUUGCUACUGUUACAGCCUCAGAUGCAGAUCAGGGUUCUAACAGUAAAAUUACAUAUUCAAUUACAAAUACGUUAGAUGAUGUUAGGAAAGUAUUUGAUGUAAAUGAGGAAAACGGUGAAGUGACUUUAAUUGGAAACAUUGAUUUUGAACAGUCACGAAACUAUCAAAUAAAUGUACUUGCUAGUGACGAAGGAGGACUCACGGAUUCAUGCAAAUUAAUCGUUGAUUUGCAAGACAUGAACGACAACAAGCCUGAAAUCACCAUAAUGUCAAAGUCAAAUGUGAUAUCAGAAGAUGCUGAACUCAAUACAGUUGUUACAAUGAUAAGCAUCGAGGAUUUAGACUCAGGAGAAAAUGGAAACGUAGAAUGCUUCAUUAACGAAAAUAUACCUUUUAUUUUAAAAUCAUCAACAAAUAAUUUCUACAGUUUAGUGACAGACAGUGAAUUAGACAGAGAGAGAGCCUCUGAGUAUAACAUCACUGUGACCUGCUCUGAUGAGGGAGUGCCCUCCCUCUCCAGCAGCGUCACUCUCACCUUACAGAUCUCUGAUGUAAAUGACAACGAGCCUGUCUUUGAGAGGAGCUCAUAUGAGGCCUACAUUGUAGAAAACAACACACCAGGUGUGUCUAUAUUCACAGUGAGAGCCACAGACGCUGACUGGAACCAGAAUGCUCGUGUUUCUUACAUUCUGGAGGACUCCUCAGUGAACGGAGUGCCAGUCUCCUCAUAUGUGUCCAUCAGUGCUGAUAGUGGAGUCAUCCAUGCAGUGCGCUCUUUUGACUACGAGCAGAUCAAAGACUUCCAUUUCCGUGUGAAAGCUCAAGAUGGAGGCUCUCCUCCACUCAGCAGCAAUGUGACAGUGAAAAUCAUGAUCCAGGACCAGAACGACAACCCUCCUCAGGUUCUGUAUCCAGUCCAGACUGGAGGCUCUGUAGUGGCUGAAAUGGUGCCUCGUUCAGCAGAUGUGGGCUAUCUGGUGACCAAAGUGGUGGCUGUUGAUGUGGACUCUGGACAGAAUGCGUGGUUGUCGUAUAAACUGCAGAAAGCCACAGACAGGGCUCUGUUUGAAGUGGGCUCCCAGAAUGGAGAGAUCCGAACCAUCCGCCAAGUGAGUGAUAAAGAUGCAGUGAAACAGAGACUGAGUGUUAUAGUGGAGGACAACGGUCAGCCCUCUCGUUCAGCUACAGUCAUUGUGAACGUGGCGGUGGCGGACAGCUUCCCUGAAGUUCUGUCGGAGUUCAGUGAUUUUCCACACGACAAGGAGUACAAUGACAACCUGACUUUUUACUUGGUGUUGGCUCUGGCUGUGGUCUCCUUCCUGUUCAUCACGUGUUUGGUGGUUAUUAUCUCAGUGAAAAUCUACAGAUGGAGACAGUCUCGCAUCCUGUAUCAUUCCAACCUGCCUGUGAUUCCAUAUUAUCCUCCACGUUACUCAGACACUUUGGGGACAACAGGGACUCUCCAACACGUGUACAAUUACGAGGUGUGCAGGACGACAGACUCGAGAAAGAGUGACUGUAAGUUCGGCAGAGCUGGUAGUCAGAACGUGUUGAUCAUGGAUCCCAGUUGUUCAGGGACGAUGCAGCGGAUGCAGAGUGAGAAGAGCAUCCUGGAUGAACCAGACUCUCCUCUCGAGGUGAGACUGCUUUAACAUUGUUUCUACACCCGAAUAACCUUUUUUAAAAAAAAAAAAAAAAAAAACAA